CGUCAACCGGAUGCUUCACAUAUAUAUAUCCAGUGAAAUAUCUGUCUCCUUGUUCUAUCUGUGAUAUAACUGAAGCACCAGCAAUAACAAGGGACUGAAGGCACUGUGAGACAUUUUCGUCAGAGACACAUCUGACUCCCUUCCCCAGCAGUCACAUCUCCCCUUCCCUGUAUUUCCCCUGUGACCCCCACCCUGAGCCCCAGCAGUCCUCCGCCCCAGCAUGAAUGACAUCAGUGUGGUCAGAGAGGGCUGGCUCCAUAAGAGGGGAGAGUACAUUAAGACGUGGAGGCCGCGGUACUUCAUCCUGAAGAGUGAUGGCUCCUUCAUCGGCUACAAGGAGAAGCCAGAGAUGUCGUCCGACCAUAGCCUCCCACCCCUCAACAACUUCUCUGUGGCAGAGUGCCAGCUGAUGAAGACAGAACGGCCCAGGCCCAACACUUUUGUCAUCCGCUGCCUACAGUGGACCACAGUCAUAGAGCGCACCUUCCACGUGGAGAGUAACGAGGAAAGGGAGGAAUGGAUGCGGGCAAUCCAAGCGGUGGCCAACGGCCUGAAGACGCGAGUGGAAGAGGCUCCCAUGGACAUAACGUUUGGCUCCCCCAGCGACUGCAGCGGCAUGGAGGAGAUGGAGGUGGCCAUGUCCAAGUCCCGCAACAAAGUGACCAUGAGUGACUUUGACUACUUGAAGCUGCUGGGGAAGGGGACGUUUGGUAAGGUGAUCCUGGUGAAGGAGAAGGCCACAGGGAUGUACUACGCCAUGAAGAUCCUGAGGAAAGAAGUCAUAAUCGCUAAGGAUGAGGUUGCACACACGGUAACAGAAAGCAGAGUCCUUCAGAAUACGAGACAUCCCUUCUUAACGACACUGAAAUACGCGUUCCAAACACAUGACCGGCUAUGCUUUGUGAUGGAAUAUGCAAACGGAGGAGAGCUGUUCUUUCACUUGUCACGGGACCGGGUGUUCACAGAAGACCGGGCACGGUUCUACGGUGCGGAGAUUGUGUCUGCGCUGGAGUACCUCCACUCACGGGAUGUUGUCUACAGAGACCUGAAGCUGGAGAACUUAAUGCUGGAUAAAGAUGGACACAUAAAGAUCACAGAUUUUGGACUGUGUAAAGAGGGAAUCACAGACGGGGCUACCAUGAAGACCUUUUGUGGGACUCCAGAAUACCUUGCACCUGAGGUAUUAGAGGACAAUGACUACGGCCGAGCGGUGGACUGGUGGGGUCUAGGUGUGGUCAUGUACGAGAUGAUGUGCGGUCGACUGCCCUUCUACAACCAGGACCACGAGCGGUUGUUUGAGCUCAUUCUCAUGGAGGAGAUCCGCUUCCCCAAGAACCUGGCCCCCGAAGCCAAGGCCCUGCUUGCUGGCCUGCUCAAAAAGGACCCCAAGCAGAGGCUUGGAGGUGGACAAGAAGAUGCCAAAGAUGUGAUGACACAGAAGUUCUUCACCAGCAUCAACUGGCAGGAUGUGGUAGAGAGGAAGCUCUUGCCUCCCUUCAAGCCCCAGGUGACGUCAGAGACGGACACCCGCUACUUUGACGACGAGUUCACAGCACAAACCAUCACCGUAACGCCCCCGGACAAGUACGACAGCUUAGACUCAGAAGACCAGAACCAGCGCACACACUUCCCUCAGUUCUCUUACUCUGCCAGCAUACGGGAGUGACCUCUCUCACAUGCGUGCACACACUCACAUGAGCAAGCAGGCUAACACAUGUUCACACACACUCGCACUGCUGGGGAAUUGGGAUGACACAAACUGACACUCUCUCAAACACACACACACACACACACACUCUGACACCGAGAAGCGGUGGAAACAUGGAUCCAAGAGCAUGACGUGAUGACUGACCUCAGCAGGCCUGUGUGGAUAGACUGGCGGCCUUGUCUCUCAUUCUGACGGGACCAGGUGGAACCGGACAGGGCCGCUCUUGGCCAUGCCUGCAGGACCCUGCCUGUCUACCCACCACACUACCACUACACUGGGCACAUCAAAGCAUCAACAGCACUUCACCAUCCCUGGGUUAUGCCAGCAGAUACCACAUCACCAGCCGAACGCAUGCUUCACCGAUCCAACACACACACUUUGACAAGCAACACCUAAAACCUCCCAUACACUGCAGAUUUUGUUUUUACUACUGGAUAAAAAAUAAGUCCAAACAAAUGUAGAAACACAUGAAAGGAGAAAAAUAUUUUUAAACUGAUUUUUCUUUUGAUUGUUACGGUUUUAAAAGCCAUAUUUCUGCAGUUUUUUUUAACGAGUGCUCUUGCUGAAAACUUGCUGUUACAAAUCGUGUGGACUGUUCCUACAGAGAGAAAGCGGGUCAGGGAGAGAAUGAGGGGUGUGUGUACCUCGGAGGGUAGCCAUUUCCCUGCUUGCACUGUGCAUGUGUGAAUGAAUGUGUUUGAGUGUGUGGAAGGAGAAUGUAUGAACAACCAUUUGAAUCUCAACAUCUGUUUUACGUUUAUGCAUUUGCAUGUAUCUGUUUUGGAUUCUGUAUGACGGCUAAACGAGGAGAGUUUUAAAGGGAAAGAAGAGAGGUGGUGGAGCUUCCCUGUGGAUUGACUUGUUCCUCUGGUGGUUAGAAUGCUCAGGAUGCAAUAAGAGAAGGGGGAAGAGUAGAAGUGACCACAGCAAUUAACAUUGUUCUAGUAGCUGUCACGUUCUGAGCAGAAAUAUCCAGGAGAAUAGCUGUCAAUCAUUUGUUCCAAACUUUUCACUUUUUAUUUUUGAAUUAUCGAUGUAAAGAUCUUUUUUCUUUUUUACUAUUUUUUUUUGAAGAUCAUUGGGAUGUUCCCAUAUUUAAGAAUGCAAACUAUUAAAUCAUGGAUCACUGAUAGAAAAUAGACUGACUGAUAGAAAAUUGACACUUCAGUUAUUUAACGGUUGAUGUUGAAGGUUGUGGUUCGUAUUUUCAAGGUGAUGUAAGUGACAGAUUAAGUCCUUUGUCGGGAUGUCAGAGUAGGACCAUUGAACUAGGGUUGGGGUUAGUUCAAUUCAGUUAAUGUAGGAAGUCAACUGAGUUAACGUCAUGGAUUGAAACCCUAACCCUGGUGUGAAACAGAUGCUGUAUAUAAUGACAAGAUGGUCUUGUCUCUGCCCUAACAAUGGGAGUUGUUGUCUCGAAGGCAGUCGUUCUGCUUAUCACUGUAAUCCCUUGUGGACAGAUGUUUAUAUUUUUCUCUCAUACCACACUCUUCCUCUCUGUGUGAACUUCCCACUAUUCACCUGUCAUGAAUGCAUGUGUACACCCCCUGUCUGACCUAUAGCUGACCUAUAGAGGAGUGGUUUGGGUGAAACAACCAUUGUGUUUCACAGUCAAGUGGUGGGAUGUAUUUCAUUUUUGUUGCCCUUUUCAAAGAUUCCUUCACUCAAGGAUCAUUAAGACCAUGUUUCUUUUCAUUGAUUUGUGGUCCAACUAUUCCUUACUUUGGGAGACAUUGUCUAAUUUAAAUUUAUAUUAUAUCAAAAAAUAUAUAAAAUAAGUUUAAACAUAUUUUUCCUUUUGGUUGUCUGUCAUUUUGAUCAUUCAUGUGUUCCUUUUUUAAAGUGCGUGCGUGCUCAUGCACAGCAGCAGGUUGAUGGGGCAUUGUAGAACAGCUCUCUAGUCUGUGCUCAAUGCCGGUUUCCUUUAGCCUCUGUACCUGCAGUAGGGUAGUCCAGUCUGACUGCUGUUUGCAAGGGCUGAGGCCAUGGGAAACAUCCCUAUCUUCACCAGCCCAUAAUCAGGCCUUGUAAAGGCAGGACUGGAUUUCAGGAACAACCUCCCUCUGAUGGAUCUCUUUCAUGCUGCCUUCAAUGUUAGGAUGGCCACUAGGAGGUGCUGUAGACUUUUUCUAAAAUUGACAGUGGCAGUAAAGCCACACAGGCGGCAACAACGUGCAGAAUGUGUACAUCUAACAUGCAAGCCAACACCACUGACCUCUCCUGUAGGCAUUGCACACAGACAAUCGAUAUGGAACUCUUCACUGGCUAUGUAAAUACCAAAAAGGCUUGAUGUGUAGGCUAGAAGGAGAAUUGGCAGCUUUGUAGAUGGAAUUUGAGUUGGAGCUUAACAGUGAUUACCUUGCUUCCCUGUAUUUUGAAUGUGAUCAGUAGUCACGAAUGUCAUAUCUCAAUGCUGAUGUACCAAGAAUUCUUUGCUCCUCCCCACCUAUUCUUUACCUCCUCCCCAACUAAACCUCAACUUAAUAACAAGCUAUCUUUUAGGGAGAAGACUAUGUCCUGGUAGACAGUUUCAGCCCCCAUGUUGUAAGGUUUUACAUUGUAACAGGUGUGACCUGCUACAGUAUAUGGUGGCGUAUAAUAUUUGCAAUUAUGUGCCAGUAAAGACUUUUACUGAAUGAAGUGUCUCAUUCUUCAUUAGGGUUACCGGGUUCAAUAUCCCAUAUGCUAUCUUCUGCCCCAUCUGCAAGGCACUUUACCCCUAAUUCUCUAGGGGUGCUGCUCUCCCAUGCUCCCAGCCUGUGAUGUGUAUGUUGUGUGUCUAUUUGGGUACCAUGACAGCAAAAAAAAGUAAGAAUUUCCAUGCAAAUAAACCAAUAAAGCAAG